AUGGUUGAUGAAAGUAAUGACAUCAUGUGUGAAAAGGAGUGUGCCAUACUAGCCUGGUACUAUGAUGAAGAGCGUGAAAGAGUCACAGGCCUGGAAUGGUCUAACUGCAUUGGCGUUCGCAGAGACAACUGCAAUGUGAUGAUGGGUAAAAACUCUGUGUUAUCUAGAGUGAAAGCACAGGCUCCGUACAUUUACAGUGUUGGCUGACCAAGCCACCUUGUCAAUAUUUGUGCCAAGAAUGCAGCUAAAAAGCUUUCAUUAGCACCUGAAAAUCUUCUCAUUGACAUAUACAGUUUCUUUGAGAAGAGUUCAAAAACAGAAGACCUGAAAGAGUUUCAAGAGUUCUGCAAUGUUGCCGAGGAGAGAGUCCAGAAACAUUGUCCUACACGCUGGCUUUCACUGAGCAAAGAUGAAGGGCUUUACACUGGCUUCCUGGCAAGGAGACUGUUAAGAGGAGAGGAGGGACAAGAAGUUUCACCUCACAAGACACAACAAUUCUUCACAGAGGCCAGAAGAUUCUACAUGAGAAGCUUUAAAAACAUUCUGGAGAAGUUCCCAAUUGCAGAUCAGGUCUUGAAAAAUCUUCUGGAUGAUUUCUGGGGGGAGAUGUCCAGAGUAAAGUCAGUGUCAACAGGGCAGGCAAGAUUCAAAGAGCUCUGCAAAUUGAUGAAACUGCUUUUGGUGCUACAUGAUUCCAACAGUGAUGUGGAAAGGCCAUUCAGCACUGUGCAUCACAUAAAGACAGAAUUCAGAGGUCUGCUCGCACACUAA